CAUUGCACCAAUGCCCACCGCCGAACCUCAAAGGAUGCAUCCUAUGGUCCUUCAUAACAUGGGCCCUAAGCCCUCAUCAAUGGCUUUGUUAACUGUGAGUGGUAAACGGGUUCCUGAAGCUCCCACUUGUUACUCGAGGCUAAACAAUUUAGAGAAUGGAGAAUUGCAAUGA